UUGGAACUGCUGGCUUCAAGAGUACACGAGUGCUGUGAGGAAGGACAUAAGUCGUCCCGUGCUUUGCCUUCCCUCACAGCACCCGCUUUGGGAUCAUCAACCUUGGCAUGGAACCAAUUUCAUCACUAGUAUAGUAGGAAAGGCAUAUGCAACACCAGCGUGCCAAGGGCAUUCAUUCCAACGUUCUUCAAUGUCUUUCCAUAAUUCAUUGAUUUGCUUCUGAGACGCCAAGAGAACACAACCAGGCAAAGCCACCCUGACAAACAAGCUUCUAAUCGUCCGUCCCGACGCUCACCUUGAAAGUGUCGCUCCUCAUAUCCUUCCGACAUGGCCGGGAUCUCAAUUACUGCUCUGCUCUCUGCAGUUCCUCCAUCACCUCGCGUUUCAACCCUCAAAGCCACCAAUGCGACUCCAGGAUUUCAUUCAAGCUCCGACGAAACAGCCGUUCAAGCAUCGCGAACUUACAAGUGUCAGAUUGACUCAGCACCGCGUUCGAGGCAAGACCCACUGCAGGCCCCAACUCGUGCCUCUCACGUCUCGCGAGCAGUGGUCAACGCAGACCGCCAAUCAGCGGCGACGGUUGAUCAGGUCGAGCAGGUCUCAACGACCAAUGAACAAGUCGAGCUGGAUGAGCAGGAAACUGCAUGUGCCUCGCGUGGCUCGUCCGACAAUGCCGUCGUAUCGUCAAGAUCUCCAGAAUUUGAAUGCGUUCGCGUGACGGAGGAUCCACAACUUUGGGCUGCAGCAGCGCUGCGAGCAGAUGCACUGUGCGAGACAGAACCGCAUGUGAGGUUCGUGGACAGCUACAAAAAAAGGUUUACCGAACAGGAAUUCCACUCCAUGAAGCGGCGCAUCAGGGGCAGCACGGGCCAGUCCAUCCGCUGCGUCUGUCUUGCUGCCAUCCAAACCCAACCAGAUGACUCCCUUCAGAUUCUCCCUGACAACAUCAUGCAGCAGGUUCUGCAUGUUCCUCCUGCCUCUGCCAGUCCCACCAUUCACAUGAACGGCUCUUCAAUUGCAACCCCGGAAUGUGUGCAAGCAGACAAGGAAACGAAGUUUUUGGAGCAUAUGCUGGGGGAAGCAGGAGCGGGGAGGGAGAUGGUUGAACGACCAGAAGGUUUCAGGCAGGGAGGUUUUGUAGCAGCAGGAAGUGCGACUGGAGGGGUUGUAGCGAAGCAGAAGGUGACAGAGCUGGAGAGAGUGAUGGGUACUCUUGACGUCAGCCUAAGGCGGCUGGGUUCCAACGAGAUAUUCCCCGGGGUCGAGCGCCCUCCCGAGGCAUCUGGUUUUUUUGUGUCCCUGCCUGACAUAUCGCUGCCUGACAUAUCCUUGCCUGAGUUAUUGCUGCCGGACACCUCCACUGCACUCGCAACAAUGCAGACCGCCCUCAAGGACCUCCAGGCAGACGUGCUCAGCUCCACUGCCACCCUUCCCUCGUCCGCCCUCACUGCUCUCUCCACCACUGCCAACCGCCUCCAAUCCGCUGCCACCGGCCUGCAGGCUGCUGUGAGCGACAUUGGAUCGGCUGUGAAUGGCAUUCCAUAUGAGAUCCGCUGGUACCCUUCUACCCUGCCUGCCUCUGCUUCCACUCUCCUCAGCAACGCCCUCACUGACCUCCAGGGCGCAUGGCAGACAGUGGCACAGGAGAACGAAGAAAGUGUCCGUCAAAUGACGAGUCAAGUAGCCCCUGCCGUUUCGACAGAGCAAACUGAGAAGAGCCAGUUGCAGGGACCAGUGCAGCAGAAACAGCAUGAGCCAAUUGUGGAACAGCAAGUACAGCAGCAGCAGCAGCAGCAGCAGCAGCAGCAGCAGGAGCAGGAGCAGGAGGAGGAGCUGGAGGGGUAUACAGGGCAAGUAGGGAUGGAGCGGCCAUGCUAUGCAUACAUAUCGAAUGUAUGCGUGUCGAACAAAUUCAGGCGACGGGGCAUUGCUGCAGCUCUCAUGCGUGCUGCAGCUGACGUUGCGGCAGAAUGGGGUGCUGACGAGGUGUAUGUUCACGUGCAUGCGUCCAACACAGCAGCACAUCAUCUCUACCACCAGCUGGGCUACCAGUUGCUGGACAUCCCAACAGCUCCCACUGGCCACAUCUUCACUGCAUGGAAGCCAACUGGCAGUCAAGCUUCUCUUGAUGACACUCUGCUGCUGCGCCUGCCACUCAACCGCAACACACAGUUGCCAAGAUGACGAAUGAACGGCAGAAACAGGAGUGUGCCCUGAACCCUGCUCAUUGCUCUCUCAUACAUUGUGGCUUGCUCUCUCAGGCAGACGUUCUUUGCACAGCAGAACCAACUUAUUUUAUUCAUUAUGCAGCAGGUCAAUAAAGAAGUCGCACAGCAAGUCCUCAUACCCACGCAACUUGGCAUAGCCUGGGAAGUAGUUGACAUCGAUAAUGAAGAACCCGUUGGGGCAUGCAGCAGAGCGCACGAUAUCUGCAUUGAACAGCCUCAAACCCAGGUGCUUCCUCAAGUGCUCUCCCAGUGCGUCUGCAAAGCCAUCAGGCAGAGGGCCGGGCCAAAGUUCAUCGGUACCCCUGUCUACGUUGCUGCUUGUUAUGCUGGCAGUGCUGGAAAGCUCAGAGGGUUGAGGCACAGUGGCAGUCAUAGGGGCAUUUGAUACUUGAGAGAAGGGUAAGUACCCAGGGGAAACAGAAGCCUUGCAUUGAGAUGGAGCUACAUUGGGAAGGGAUGGGCGAACCUCACACCGCACGGAGGAGCCGAUAACAUAGAGCUUUGUGAGACGACCUCCAUGGUUGAUGAACUGCUGAAGGACAAUGGAAGGUUCUUCACAGGUUACAGCAGGAGCUGGGAUAUCGGCAGUGGUGGAAGCCAUGGUGGAGGCGGCAGCAGCAGCAGAGGCUGGGGAGGUCAUGGUGGUGGGUAUGGCAGCGAGGGAGUGAGCGAGGGCAGAGAGGCCAUGCGUGUUGAAGACAAGAGAGAGGGAGUGAGAUGCCGUGCUCCCAUUGGCCUCCACUGGUUUGGCCACUAGAGGAAAAGAAAGACCCUGAUUCUGCAGGACUGCUUGCAGAGCCGAGGAACCACCCGGCCCAUCUUGGAUUCCUGCUAGCCGGCUUAGCUCGCUCACAGUGAGCACCGUCUGCUGCGGCACACACACAUAGUACCCCGGUACUAUCUCCCACCACCGCCCCUCUCCUUCGCCUUCACCUCUUUCCGCACCUCCCGUCCUUUCCGCUCCAGCUGCUGACUUCUCUUUCCCUGCCAACUUCCAGCCUUCAGUGGCCUGAGACGUGUCAGCAUCAGGAAGAAGGCCUUGGAGCAUAGAAGCGCGGUCGCACACGCGAGCGAUUCUCUCUGGCGGGUCCACGAUUCGCCCAGCGAGAGUAGGGAAUCGCGCAGCUAAGAUUCGCAGCUGAUCAGCCCACUCCGCUGUGAGAACCUUAUGCAGCACCGCAUCAUACGGCGCUUUCUGCGGGACCCCAUGAUCGGCGGCAAUAUCGUUUUCCUCGCUACUAUUCUGAUACUCGAGAAGGUUCUGGAAAGGAUCGACAGGGACGAGUUCGAUGCCCUUCGCGAGGCAUGCGGCGAUCAACGAAGGCGUCAGGAAUGUCCGCACCUUCUUCGGUGCGAAAGCGCAUGCGAUGCGGUAUGCUGGCAGCGACGGACGGACAGGAUUGCUAGUGGAGGGCUGAACCAGUGGUGAGUUCAUCAGACGAGCGCUGGAUAUUGCCGAACAAGGUUUUGGCUUGCAUGUGCUCAACUAAGUGGAAGCAUGCUAGGAACAAGGUUUUGGCACAGAAAAGUGCUGCUGAGUCGGAGCAAAAAAUUUACAGCCACACGACACGAGUGAGGUAUUUCACAUUCUCCAGUUUUACCAUGCUACAGAAAAUGUUCGGGUUCACUGUAUCUCGGGAUAUCAUACACGAUAAUAGCCAGUGGUGCAUAUCCCAGACAUGAAAAUUCAAAUCAACGGCCACAAAUGAC